GGAGCCCGCUCAUUGUUCUUUCAGGGGCCGUCCAUGUGUCGUUCUUUUCUACAGAGUUCGUCGGCGUCAACAUGACUUCUAAAAGGCGUAACAAUGGACGUUCAAAAAAAGGCAGAGGGCAUGUUAGGUUCAUCAGGUGUACAAAUUGUGCUCGGGCUGUACCAAAAGAUAAAGCCAUUAAGAAGUUUGUGAUAAGAAAUAUGGUGGAGGCUGCAGCUGUUAGAGAUAUCUCAGAAGCUAGUGCAUAUGACAUGUAUGCUUUGCCAAAAUUGUAUGUUAAGCUCAGCUACUGUGUUAGUUGUGCAAUCCAUUCUAAAGUGGUGAGGAAUCGUUCAAGAGCAGAACGGAAAAUCAGAACACCCCCUCCAAGAUUCCGGCCAAGAACCGAUAAUACUGGUCCUCCUCGUCCUGCUGGUGGAGGUCCUGGAAGAGCUCCUGGGGUUCCUGGAACAACUGCAUGAAUAUUGUUCAUUUUCACCCACAGUAAAAAGAAAUAAAAGAUGAAAUGAAAA